AUAUCACCAAUCCCCAUUCAUUAUUCACCACCUUCUUCCUUUCUUUCCCUUUUCAAUUCAACAAGCAAAGCAAAGGCCCAGCACAACGACGACCUUGCAUCACCGCAGUAACUAGCACCAAUACGACGUCGUUCACUCAUUCCACCUGUUUUCAAAUUCCCUCUCUUCUAUUCGUAUCUCUACUCUCCAGAAUCCGAUUCGACUCUCUCUCUCUCCCUCCCUCUCCGCGUAAGCAAAUCUCUCUCUCUAGAAACUUCAUUUCUUUGAUGUUUCUGCUCUGAUUCGCUUGUGAUUAGUUUUAUAUGUGUUUGUGAGUAUUAGGAACCUAGGGUUUCUGGAUUUGAGGUGUGGUUGUUGUGUUAGGGUUUUUUUUUUUUUUUUUUUGUUUAAAAAAAAAUGAUAAUUGUAGAUUGAGAAAAACGAAAUGGUGAGACUUCUAGGACUGAGUCUACGAGACUCCGAUGAGUCUCCGCGUGAGAUUACGAUCACCUCCCAAAUCAACCGGGCGAGUGAGUCCGGCGAGAACGGCUGGCUCAUUCGCUUCUUCGACUCCGCGUUUUUCUGCGAAUGGAUCGCGGUUAGCUAUUUGUACAAGCAUGAUCACCCCGGGGUUCGCGAUUACCUCUGUAAUAGAAUGUACACUCUGCCAUUACCCGGUAUCGAGAGCUAUUUGUUUCAAGUUUGUUACCUCAUGGUGCACAAGCCCAGCCCCUCUUUGGAUAAGUUUGUGAUCGAUAUAUGCUCCAAAUCCUUGAAGAUUGCUUUGAAGGUGCAUUGGUUUUUGAUGGCCGAGAUUGAGGAUUCAGAUGAUAAUGAAGGGAUUAGUAGGAUUCAGGAGAAGUGUCAGCUUGCAGCCACUUUGAUGGGUGAGUGGCCUCCUUUGAUUCGGCCUCUAACUGUCACAUCUUCCAGCCCUGGAAGUAAAAGUCAAGUCUUGAAUAAGUUGUUAUCAUCCAAACAGCGCUUGUUGUCACUAACAUCUUCACCGCCCACCCAAAAGCCUCUAUCUAUAUCUCUAUCCUUCUCCCCUUCUUCGGGAAGCAAUUUGCAAGAGGAUGGUAGUCACUUGUCUUCUGAGGAGAACAACAUUUUGAAGAAGUUUAUUCCAAGUCCAAAGGUUCGAGAUGCAUUGUUGUUUAGGAAGUCCGCUGAGAAGUCCACUGAGAAAGACGAGGAUGAGUCGGAAAAGGACGGGUUCUUUAGAAGGCUUUUAAGGGACAGUAGUAGAGGUGAGGAUGAGGGGGGCUCAAGGGUUCGAGAUGUGUUGCUUUUUAGGAAGUCCUCAGAGAAGGAUGAUGAUGACUCUGAAAAGGAUGGGUUUUUUAAGAGGCUUUUGAGGGAUAGUAGAGGCGAGGAUGAGGAUUUGACAUCGAGCUCAGACGGGUUUUUUAAGAGGUUGUUUCGGGAUAGCAAGAAUGAUGCUGAGGAUAAAUCAGUUUCUAAAUCAGUUGAAGAUGAUGAAAAAGAAGGAUUCUUUCGUAAGCUUUUCAAAGAUAAGUCUGAGGACAAGAAGGACGGGAGUGAGAGGAAGGAGGAUGAAGAUAUGGUCAACUCUGAAGAAAAAUCUUCAAAAUCUGUUGAAGAUGAUGAAAAAGAGGGGUUUUUCCGGAAACUAUUUAAAGAUAAGGAAAAGAAAGAUGAAGAUAUGGUGAACUCCGAAGAGAAAAGUUCAAGAUCUGUUGAUGAUGAUGAAAAAGAGGGCUUCUUCCGGAAACUAUUUAAAGAUAAAUCUGAGGACAAGAAAGAUGAAGAUACGGCGAAUUCUGAAGAGAAAAGUUCAAAAUCAGUCGAUGAUGAUGAAAAAGAAGGGUUUUUCCGGAAAUUCUUUAAAGAUAAAUUUGAUGACAAGAAAGAUGCACAUGAUAAAACUGAUGAGGGGAGUGCAAAUGCUGAGGAAGAUGAGCCUUCUGACUUUUCAUUGUUCCGAAGAGUGUUUCGUGUGCACCCAGAAGAUUCCAAAAGUACUGCAGCAAAUGAAAACAACAACGUCGGUAGCUUGUUUGAAAGUAGUCCAGGAACUGAGAAUUUUUUCCGCAAGUUGUUUAGGGAUCGUGACCGUUCAGUUGAGGACUCGGAGCUGUUUGGUUCAAAGAAGCACAAAGAGGUCAGUUUAGAAUUGGUUUUGUUUUUGUUAAUUUGUAAGCAUGACCUUCACUUUCCAGCACUCUUAUCUUUCCAAAUUAUGUUUUGGCAUCAGAAUAGAAGAUAUGUUUCCCUUUUUGGUUUUAUCAGAUUCUGUAGUUGUAGAAUGUUAUCUGAACAUUUGAUGAUUGACACUCUUAGGAUGGGCUUUGGAGAUAGAUGGAGGAGAUGGCUAAAGACUUGUGUCUCUACUGUUCGCUUCUCGGUUCUGGUUAAUGGAUCUCUUGCUGGUUUCUUUGGUAGCUUUAGAGGUCUCAGACAAUGCGAUCCUUUGUCUCCCCUUCUUUUUCUGUUGAUCAUGGAGGUUUUAAGUCGUAUUCUGAAGAAAACUGAGGAAGGGGGUUUCAUUCAGGUUUUUCAUGUGGGCCCUGUUAAUUCUACUGGUAUCCGUGUUUCUCACCUUCUAUUUGCUGAUGAUACCAUUUUUUUCUGUGAUGCCUCUAGAGAGCAGAUUCUUUCUAUUAGGCUGGUUUUGACUUGUUUUCAAGUUUUUAUCGGUUUGAAGGUGAAAGUAGGGAAAAGUGAAAUUGUCCCUAUUGGGUGUAACAUUCAGCCUUUGGCUAAUAUCCUUCAGUGCAGGGUGGACAGUUUGCUUAUGAUUUACUUGGGUAUGCCAUUGGGUACUUUGUACAAAACAGCCUCUAUUUGGAAUCCAAUCCUUGAGAGAAUGGAAAAGAAGCUUUCAGGUAUUCGGAAGCUGGUGCCUUAUACAGGCCCUAUUAGGGAAAUGGCUUUGGAGAGUUUUAGUGAAGGGUGGGAAAUUUUUGCUAAGCAUGUCUCUUUUGCAGUGGGGGAUGCUAAUAAGGAGGCUUGUAUUUCUGAGGUGUUAAGCCCUCCAGUGGGUGAUAAUGACAGAGUGUGGAGCUUAAGUUUUCACAGGGACUUUAAUGAUUGGGAGUUGGCGGCUUCCUACUCCUUUCUUAAUUUCAUCCAAACCCGUCUUCCUAGGGAUGGAGGGUGUGACAGGCUUUGUUGGGAUCUUAAUGGCAGUGGGAAGUUUGAUACUCGGUCCUUUUAUCAUAAGAUUCGGAAUGUAGCUCCUUCCACUUUCCCUUGGAAAGGAAUUUGGAAAGUUAAGAAGUGUCCUCAUGAGUCAUUGGACUUCGUGCAUUCAUUAUGUGAGACAUCAUAUGGCUUGGUUGAUGUAUUUCCAAUUGAAGAUCGCAAAAGUGCUCUCCGUGAGUCUCUCACAGAUAUGAAUAUGCAUGUGGCUGAGGCUCACAAUAGUGGAGGAGUUUGCUUCCCAAUGGGAAAGGGGAUGUAUCGUGUGCUUCAUAUACCUGAAGAUGAAGCUGUUCUUUUGAAUUCUAGGGAAAAGGCACCUUAUCUGAUAUGCGUUGAAGUUUUGAAAAGUGAAGUGCCGAGCAAUACAAAGGACACAUCUGGUUCACAAAAGCUUUCUAGAGCGGGAAUUCCUCUAGCAAAUGGAGAUGCAUUAUUGCCAAAGCCACCUCCUUGGGCUUAUCCAUUGUGGACUGCCCAGGAGGCUUAUCGUAAUAGUAAUGAUAGAAUGUCAAGGUCAACUGCUCAAGCAAUUGAUCAGGCAAUGACGCAUAAGUCAGAUGCAAAAACGAAGUUUAUUAAUGUGAGUCUUACUUUAGAGAAGCGAUCGCCCAUCCAGUUACAGAGCAUUGAACACAGUGGCAUCCAUUGUGCUAGUCUGCAGUGUACUUCAGCUUCUGCCAGUAUUUUGUCAAGUAGUUGUCAAUGUGAUGAAUCUGUAACUCAUACAUCAAGAGCAGCACAUAAUAGUGAUUUGGAGUGGGUAAGGGUAGUGCUGACAGCAGAUCCAGGAGUUAGAAUGGAAGACAUUGAGGAUCAAGGACCACCACGUCGGAAGGAACACCGCCGUGUUCCAAGUACAGUAGCUAUAGAGGCAGUAAAGGCUGCUGCAGCCAAAGGAGAAGCACCACCUGGGCUCCCUCUCAAAGGAGCUGGUCAAGAUUCAACAGAUGCACAACCAAGGUUUAAUGGGAGUUCUCCCAAGGCCAGUGAUGCCUUAUCUGGUGAACUUUGGGAGGUAAAAAAAGAAAGGAUACGCAGAGCUUCAGUUCAUGGAAAUUUACCUGGUUGGGAUUUGCGCUCUGUUAUUGUGAAGAGUGGUGAUGAUUGUAGGCAAGAGCAUCUUGCCGUGCAACUUAUUUCGCACUUUUAUGAUAUAUUCCAAGAAGCUGGUCUCCCUCUCUGGUUGAGACCUUAUGAAGUUCUAGUUACUUCUUCUUACACAGCUCUGAUUGAGACUAUUCCAGAUACGGCUUCACUUCAUUCUAUAAAGAGUAGAUAUCCUGACAUCACGAGUUUGCGUGAAUUUUUCAUCGCCAAGUAUGAAGAAAAUUCUCCGAGUUUUAAGCUUGCCCAGAGGAAUUUUGUUGAGAGUAUGGCUGGAUAUUCCCUUGUGUGCUACCUUCUGCAGGUGAAGGAUCGGCACAAUGGCAACCUCUUAUUGGAUGAAGAAGGUCAUAUCAUACAUAUUGAUUUUGGCUUCAUGCUUUCCAAUUCACCUGGAGGCGUCAAUUUUGAGAGUGCACCUUUUAAAUUAACACGUGAACUUCUUGAGGUCAUGGAUUCUGAUGCUGAGGGAGUUCCAAGCGAGUUCUUUGAUUAUUUUAAGGUUUUAUGCAUUCAAGGCUUUCUUACUUGUCGUAAGCAUGCUGAGCGCAUUAUUCUUCUUGUUGAGAUGUUGCAGGACUCUGGUUUCCCCUGCUUUAAAGGUGGUCCUCGGACAAUACAGAACUUAAGAAAACGAUACCAUUUAAGUUUAACAGAAGAGCAAUGUGUGUCAUUGGUGCUUUCGCUAAUAAGCAGCAGCUUAGAUGCAUGGCGGACAAGGCAGUAUGAUUAUUAUCAGAGGGUUUUGAACGGAAUAUUGUGAAAUUGAAUCUAAUUGAUUACAUGGAUGUUCCAUUUGACAAAGCCAGCCCAGUUUAGGCACUUCAAAUAAAAUUGAAUUUCAGUCACUGUGUGAUUUGAGGACAUUUGGCCGCUGUCGGAUGGCUUUGGAGUUUUAUUGGAGGCAGAAAGGAGUAUGGGGUAGCAAUUUAUGGCAUGCUUUUUCUCAAUGCAAGAGAUUUGUAACUGUAUCGGCAGAAAUUCUUUCUCAGAAGUUAAGCAUGCAGAUUUUACUUCAGCAGGCUUUUUUAUUUUUUAUUUUUAUUUUUUUCCCCUUGUUUCAUGUAAUAUGGAACUCUGCUGGCUGGUGGGCAAUUUAACUUGUUUGGAGAUGUAUAGCCCUCCUACCCACGUCGGGGAGCACACACUGUACAGGAUGACUCCACUGGAGAAAACAGAUCAGACAUGAAAUAGCUACAGAGACCAUGUUUGCUGGGUGAGAUUUUGAUUGCUACAGAUUUUGCACCAAGUGUUCGGAAGCAUCCAACUUGUUUGGGUUCUUUACAACUUCAUUUCCAUCUGAAGUUAUAUUCUUCUGAUAAGAGCGUAGACAAGAUUCAGCAUUUGAUAGGUGACCUGCUGUUCCUUUUUGGGCGCCACUAUUUGCUAGUAUCUGUCUUCCUGGAGUUGUUAUUCUUCUGUCAUUUCAUCAUGAAGUUACAAGAAAAGUUCUUCUAAGAUGGUAUAUGAUUGAAUCAUGUAUAAUUGAUCCAGUUGUCUUCUACAGUGAAAUUUGUUCGGUUGAAACUCUUCAAAUAUAAAAGAAAUUUGUGGCACUGAUUUCAUCAGUUUUUGUGUCCCUUUAUGAGUGGCAAUGAGCAAAAGCUGUGCGCAUGUAUGUACAAGAUUAUUUUUUGUAAAUAUAAUUUUUGACGUGUUUUUUAA